AUGACUGAGUACGGUACCAGUAAGCAUGGAUACACUGACGUAGAGAGCAACGCUCGUCUUCCAUUCUACCACGUUCGGAAUCCAAAUUUUCGAGCUUGUCUUGCCGAAUUUGUUGGUACCUUUAUUCUGGUGCUCAUCGGUGAUGGCUCUGUUGCACAAUAUGUGCUUGGCGGUGGAGGUGCCGGUCACUAUCUAUCGGUCAAUCUAUGUUGGGGUAUUGCGCUGUUAUUCGGCAUUCAUUUCUCAGGUGGUGUUAGCGGUGGUCACUUAAACCCCGCGGUUACUUUCACGCUAGCCUUGUUCAAGCGUUUUGAGUGGCACAAAGUACCCGGUUACUUUGCUUCCCAGACUGCUGGUGCAUUUGUGGCCGCCUUCAUUGUCUUUAUUGUGUACUACCCAUGGUUUGAUAUUCAUGACCCACAACGUGAGAUCACUCAAGGUAUCUUUGCCACCUACCCCAACGCACAAAUACCCAAUUGGUCGGCUCUAACUAAUGAGAUCAUCGGCACUGCUUUGCUUGUUAGUGGUAUCUUUGCUGUCAGUGACCAGCUUAACAAACCUGCAAGCCCUUACAGUUUCCCUGGUGCAGUUGCAUUAAUGCUUACGUGCAUUGGUAUGGCAUUUGGUCUUGAUACUGGUUACGCUUUAAACCCAGCCCGUGAUUUUGGCCCUCGUUUGUUUACGUUCUUUGCUGGUUGGGGCUGGAAGGUGUGGACUCUUCGUAAUGGUUACUUCUGGAUCCCUAUUGUUGGUCCGUUUGUCGGUGGCAUUAUUGGUGCUGCUAUGUACGUUGGUCUGAUUGAAGCUCAUCAUCCGUCUCAAUGA